CUGCCUGUCUGCCCGUGUGCUGGAUUGAGCCUGAUCACUUUUUGUGAACUGGUGGUGUUGAAGAAACUGAAUGAAUGGAACAGUUAGGAAGCUUGCGUUUCAUGCUCUCCGCUUGCCACAAGACACAAACAACACUGUGUCUCUGAAGCGACCUGGAAUCAUUGGAGCUGUGUGUCCUGAGGGACUCUGAGGACCUCUGAAGCAGAAAGGGCGCAAUGAUGGAUAACCGUUUUGCUACAGCGCUAGUAAUUGCUUGUGUUCUCAGCCUCAUCUCCACCAUCUAUAUGGCAGCUUCUAUUGGCACUGACUUUUGGUACGAAUACCACACCCUGUCCCCAGCUGAGAAUGUUAGUGAAGCUGGUAAGAGCAUCUGGGAGGAAUUUGUCAGCGAAGAGGCAGAUGAGAAGACCUACACAGAUGCGCUCUUCCGGUGCAACGGCACAGUGGGAUUGUGGCGGAGGUGUAUCACUGUACCCAAAAACUCUCACUGGUACAGCCCACCAGAAACUGAUAUGACUACAAACUGCAUCAGUUUUUCCCUCUCUGAUCAGUUUAUGGAAAAGUACAUAGAGCCUGGAAAUCACAAUAGUGGCACGGAUUUGAAUCGAACUUAUCUCUGGCGAUUGCAGUUUCUCCUGCCCUUUGUCAGCCUUGGCCUCAUGUGCUUUGGGGCUCUGAUUGGGCUGUGUGCUUGUGCUUGUCGCAGCCUUUACCCUGCCAUUGCUACCGGAGUCCUCCAUUUCCUAGCAGGGCUUUGUACGCUGGGCCUGGUUGGCUGCUAUGUAGCUGGGAUUGAGCUGCUCCAUAAGAAGCUGCCCCUGCCUGAUGAUGUGAGGGGUGAAUUUGGCUGGUCCUUCUGCCUAGCCUGUGUCUCGGCACCUUUGCAGUUUAUGGCAGCUGCUCUUUUCAUCUGGGCGGCUCGCACCAACAGAAAGGAAUUCACUCUCUUGAAAGCGUACCGUGUAGCAUAAGUGCUGCUACCAAAGUAUUGGGUUUCCAUGUCAUAACCUCUUCUCCCCCCAACCCCUACUACUUUUUUCUUUUAGUCAGAAUUUUACCUUGUACUGCAAGCUUCUUGCCAGUUGAGACAAUUUAGCCUGCAGGCCCUGAAGACAAAGACCUCUGGGCUAAAUGACGAAACUCUGCCAGAAGUCUGCAGAACUUGAACAAGUUUUUAAAUUGGUUUUUUUAAGAAUUAUUAUUUUUUAAGCUUCAUUUGGUUGUUGAAUAUCCCCUUAGUUAGGUGUACAUCCUCCUUCCUAAUUUUAUUACCCUGUCAGCCUGGAGGAAAUAGAACUGGUGUUGUCGGGUGGAAGAGAGAUAGGAAAAGAAAAGAUGCAGGUAGGCAAGAAUGGGAACCUCAGUGCACAAAUAAUAAAUAAAUAAUCAGGAGCUGCCUGCUGUGUGACCCAAGCAGGCAGUACCUACAGAAAGCACCCAAGAGACAUGGGGGAACUCAGAAACCUCUGUUAUGGAAAUACUGUAGCUAAAUCAGUCCUGUAGCUUUGCUUUGGGUCUCUUAUUCUCACUAGUUUUCUACUUUUUGUGGCUUCUGCCAAAACUGAUGCAGGCAGAGCAGCCGGCUGUGAGAGUGCCUGCACAGCACACCAUCCCGAAGUAAUGAGUUGGCCCACAUGGAGCUUUGCUGCUCUAGCUACGCUGGUUCCAGGACCCAGGCUAGUUUGGUAUCUGCACUACAUGUGAUUGUGCACUCUAAUCUUAACUUGCGGUGCUUUUGCUUGCUGUGAAAUAAGGCUUUCCUCUCUCUUGUGUUGAAAACGACCCUUCACAAGUUUUUUGUUUUUAAUUUGGUUUAGUGUAUGUGUGUAUAUGUACAUAUAUAAAUUUAACUUUUUUUAAAGCUCACCUAUUUAUCCUAUAUAGCACACAACAGGGUUUUUUUUAAAAGGUGCUGCUCUUUUCCCAUCUUGCCCCAAACCUAUUGUUUAAAUGAAAUAAUAAUUAAAAAAAAUAAGCUCAGAAAUUUUCAGCGUUGCAUGAAUCUGAUGGGAAGGUGAGAGAAUGGUCUGAAGUGAAUUUUACUUGGGGAACGAAAAGCCAAUGUCUAGAUAAUUCUCUGUUUUCAGGGAAAUGUCACCAGAAACAAAGAUGUUUGGUUAGAUUUUUUUUAAUUAAAUUCUUGGGCUCCUGCUAACUUUAAAUUUUCUCCUGUUCAUCGUUGGGGGGCGCAACACGCCAUAAUUUCUAACUAGUUCACAGCUUCUGCACAUAUUUCUUCUAAAUCACUGCAACUCUAGCCAGACUGGGCGGCAUGUCUUAUCUAGAAAACAAAGUUCCAAGUCUAAAUUGUUUAAUUCUGAGGCGUUAACUCCCCUUGUUUCCUUACUGCAUGCUUAAUAGAAGAAAUAGGUCUUAGAAGAAAUAAACGCUGACAAAAUUACUAAGUCUGUGAUGGCAAGGAUUCUGUGAGAUACUAUUGAUGAGAAUGACACAGAAAUAGGCAUUUUUAUCUCAUGGCUGUUUUUUUUAUUUUGUUUUGUGCUUUUUUUUUUCAGUAGGUCCUUCUACCCAGGCUGUCUUUGCUGGGUCAGCAAACAGCCUUAGUCACUAGUUCCCUGAAGAUCAGGGAUAUCUGCUAGUAUUGUUUCUUUUUUUUAUCAUGUGUGUGAUAGGGAUCUACCUACUUCUCCUUUUAUUAUCAUCAUUGGAGUCUUUGCAAAGUGAAACAAGGAUCAUGAUGAAAACCAGGAUCAUGGAAAAAGCAGCAGUAGACUGUUCAAGAUAAUCCUCUUUCUUUUGCUGUUGAGUGAUUUUUCACCUUCCCUCCUAAAACAGCUUCUUUCCCGCUCUACAAUGUCUGGGCCAAUUCUAACCCAGUGAGAGGGGAUGUGGUACUUUUGUACAGUAUCUGAGAGUAAAUGAAAAUCCAUGCUGCUGAUGUGUACUGAUAUGGUGCUUUUUCAGUCAUUAGUUAUCUCUGACUUAGGUAAAUAAGGCCUAACUGCUCAGCUUGUCUCGUUCCUCAUUUGUCAGAAAUACUAGGGCAUGCAAGCCUCAGCUCAGGUCAAAAGGGCUGGAAGGUGCUAUUCUGCACUUUGAGAGGAAACACUGCUCGUUAUUUUAUCUAGUACAGUUUGGGUUCUUUUUUCUUUUUUCAGGAGCUGGCAGAAUAAUCAUAUCUUGUGUUUUUAAUCUGAGCAAUAGGAAUCCUGUGCGCUUGCUCUCUCCUCUUGUAUCAGACACCUAUUUUUCUGAAGUGUAAAUCUCACUUUUCAGACAUUAACAUUCUUGCUUCCAAAAGAAGGAUUGUUAUGGAGAGAAAAGGGAAUGUUGGAAGUGCUGUCAGUCCUUUCUUGAUCAUUUCAAGUAUCAGCAAAACCAAGAUUGCCUGCUUUUGUCUGUGUCUUAGAUAAAGGCUGCUGGUUUUCUCUGCCCUAAAAUGAAGAAAACAGGCUUUAAUUGAUCCUUGAUUUGGACCAUUUAUCUAAAAUGAAGAUCACCUUUCAGGGUUUUUUGGGUUUUUUUUCUCUUCACUCUCGUGUAAAGAUUUCUUCAUCGGAAUGGAUUUCAGUGAGAAGCAGAUUUCAUACAGAAAGAGGACUAUCCCUCUCCAUUGCCUGGGGUGAUGGAUCUGCGUGUAGCUGUCUUGUUUUGUAAGUAUGUGCUUUGCUCAAGGUGUAAAGGGAGCAAGAAGAGUUUUUGGACUGCUGGCUUGGGUCCACUAAAUGGUGUUGGAGGAGGACAGAAAAACAGAGUAGACACUGAGGAUGGAGUAAUUCUAUAAAAGAGAGAUGAUUAAGUGUGCUAACAGAUACUGGGACAGAUCUUGACCCCGUGUGUGGUACAGGCCCUUCACGCCAGCCUCCUCAGGCCUCCUCAUGCCACUUUCAGAGGUUGGCUGCAUUCAAGAGAAGCUUGAGGCCUGUGUGUAUGUUUGUGGUCACAUAAGUAUAUGCAAAUACAGACAUCCUUGCUCAAAAAAGUGAAGUCUUCCAACUCUGGAAGAAAGUGGUGAGAUCAAAGGCUGAUUUGUGUUCCUCAGUAUUUUGUGGUCUGACCAUGGGAGAUGGUUACUGAUACUGGUUCAGUGUUGGAGAUAGGGAUGAGGCAGAUACACACAGUAAGAUCAAAAGAGAUUAAAAAAGGGGUGUCCUUGUGUGUCUGUGUGCACAGGGGAGAUGGCACACAUCUCUAACACUGUUGUAUGGGCUGGUGAAAGUGAAGAGAAGGCAUAUCAAAGGAAAAGGAGAAACAAAAGAGGAGGGGGAGGAAUCCUGUCAGACUGAGCGUGAGAACCGAGGACGCUUGACACUGCAUGGGAGCAAGCUCCCAGGACUCCACGUGAACUCCCCGUGUGGUGCUGUGUAGCCAGCAUAGCAGAGGCCAGCCGCUGCUCUUCCACCACCACUGCCUUCCUGCCCACCCACAGCGCCAUCACAGUGGCAGCAUGAGCGAGUGGGUGAACUCUUCUCUUGUGCUUAUGAGAAGCCCAUAAAGGCUCUGUCCCCCAAAUCCGAGAUGGGCAAGCUGCAUUUGUCCUUCAAUCACGCCCCUGUGACAACGUUUCUUCUUUACAGGCUUGGGCUUGUUUUCCUGCCAACACUGUGAAACCACUAGAAAAGCAGGACUAGCGGAAAGCUGCACAGAGCAAUAAAGUGUUUAGUCUAGGCAGCAGCAGCUUCUUAUUUUUUCCUCAAAGUGACAUUUUCCCUGUCCUCUCCCCCCGCUCCAAACAACUCUGAGAAGGGGCUGGUCAAUGAAGCUGCGAAGAGGGGUUUUUGUUAUUGUGGCUGUAAAGACAGCUCCCACUGUGUUAGAGGAGAGAUUGCUGAAAACAGGAGAAUGGUCAAUCCCAUUUCCUUUCUUUAAUAAAAAAGCAGUAUAGAGCAGACACAAAAAAUUGCUUUGUUGUGUAAAGGGGACAGUUCGCCACUUACAAAAGGAAUAAUAUGUUGUGGGUGCAAGUGAUAGCAUAGUCUUGGAUGACCCGGGAGGCCCUUCUAAUCUGUUGUCGUGCCAGAAACUCUGUGUGGUGAUCUAGUUUUCCUUCUGGAUUGUGUGCUGGCCAGGUGGUCCUUUCCUCAUGGAAGGUCUGUUGCAGUCUUUUUGCUACGCUGAUAAUGAACGCCUCCUCUCCCCUCAUCUAAAAUGCUCUGAAGUGUGUUUUGAGAAAGGUGUUUGGGUGGGUUUUUUUUAUUUUUUGUGUUCUUUGUCACUUAUGGUUGGCACCAAGUUAUGUACCAGCUCGCAGUCUCUCUUGCAGUGCUGUCUUAGUUUUGUGAUUCAAGGCAAUGACUUCUGAAAAGCUCUUUGCUGCUCACUAGCAUUGUGUGUACUCAGCCAGCACCUGCUAGUCAAAGAGAAAUUCUGAAAUGUCAGCAGCUUGUCAUCGUUAUAUCUGGGGCUGAUUGUCCACCUCUAUAUGUGUGUAUUUCCUGCUUGAGUAGAUUGUGUAUCUCAAUAUCUUGAAGCUGUUUGUUGGGGUUUUUUUUCCCGUUUCCUCAGGAAUAGCUAGAGUUUUGUGCUAUAGAACUUCUUUAUAACCUGGUUUCUAAUAGGAAGGGAUCAAAAGUUUGUGUGUUUACUACUAGCUCUUCUAUUGCUGUAGAAUAUUAUUCUUGCCCUAUAUUUUUAAACUACAACUUUCAAAACUAUGGAGUGCAAAUUGAAGCCUUUGUUCAAGUUACGGUUCAGAUAUAUGACAGUGGAAGAAUGGAUACUCUGUAACUGGAAGACUGUAUAGGUAUUCUGGAUAUGGCAAUAACAGCCAUAUGCAAAAUUACACUUAACGAGCACCUCUCUGCCGACCGAUACAUGCCAAACCUUUAUACAAACUGAUGACCACUGAAAAAAAAUCUGACAGCAAUAAUGUAUUCCACUCCUCUCUCUCCUCUUCCCUUCAAAAUUACU